AUGCGUCCGAGCCUCACUAACACUACAAACUCGGUGCUACAAGCGCCUACUGAAGGACUUGGUGAUGAAACGGCGCAUUCGGAAACGAUGCCUUGGGACGCGUCCCAGUUCACCGCCUCGGACGACCGCGUCCGCGGUGGCAAGUCCCAAUCUUACCUGACCGUGCUCUCAGCACCGGCAUCAUCGGCGUCGUCGUCGUCCCAGGCCGAGUUCUCAGGCCACCUGGACAUCACGGCCCUGGGCGGCGCGGGGUUCGCCUCGCAGCGCACCGCCGACGGCGUGCCGGGCUGGGACCUCUCAAGCUACGACGCCCUCGUGCUGGACGUCGCGCGCGCUGAUGACCGCAGGUACACGCUCACCCUCAAGGACGAGGUGCUCCCCCGGCGGCCAGACGGGCGGGACCAGAGCAGCGUCAGCUGGGAGUACGACUUUGUCGUCGGGGCUGGGAAGGGCAGCACUUCUGCUGCUGGCGAUGGCGGUGGCAGCAAGGCUGACUCGACCCGGGUGGUGAUACCAUUUGGGGAGUUUAAGCCUACGUACCGUGGCAAGCCGAAGCCUGACGCCGAGCCGCUGGAUCUGAAGAACGUGAGGCGGAUGACUUUCAUGAUGAGGAGUUUCUUUGGUGACCAAGAGGGCGAUUUCUCCAUCGUCUUCAACUCGGUGGCCGUGGAGAAAACGGACAAAAAUCGAGACUGCUCGAUCGACUCGGUAGCCGCGGCGAAGCUCGCCCGAAACGAGCAGCAACAUGCGGGCAGCGGUGUUCCGAAGGGGAACAACCUCACGUCCUGGAUCGGGAGACUCUGCGGCUGGGGCAGGUGA